CCGGGAGACAGUAGACAGGCGUCGUAAGCAAACGAUGCUCCUUUGAAAUGUAUUUAUUUUAGAACGAUUUAUCGCAACUUGACACAGUUCUAUAUUUCCUGACAAUUUAUCCUAAUAGCAACAGUUUGCGUUUUUGGUCUAAGUAUAGCCUAUCGUGUCAUGCGUGAGUUGGAAACGGUCAGCUGCAUCCAGGAGUGUUUUUGAUGAAGACAUUCGUUAAGCGUUAAACGGACCGCGCGCUUCAAGUCGUCACGUAUUUCGGAAUCAGACGGAGCGUCUUUAUCGAGGCUGGUGGAUCAAAGCCAUGCUGUCGCUGGACGAGCCCCUGGACUUGAAGAUUCCCUCUGGCCGUGACAGGACACUCAGAACGUCCAUCUGUGCCCCGCUGCACUUUUCUCGUGCUCGAAUAUCCCGCGCAUUGCACAAGGCCAAAAGCCCUGAUGCAGCUGACAAGGACAUGUCAGAUUCUUCAUCGUCCAUGGUGGUAGAUCUGAGUCUGUCUCCAUCUUCCUCUCCCUCACCACCCUCUCCCAUAGACAGCGGCGCUAGCUGGAGCCCCACAGCGCCUCUUCUGGCCUCAGAAUCCGAAAGCACCACGUACCACGAGGACAGCGCCUCUCCUCCUCCAGGUUUCCAGUUCUUUCUGCCGAUUGGUGCAGAGGGUCCCCUGCGCCUGCCCUCCUCGAUGCUGAUUGGUCAGCACUCCCCUGAGCCCUCGAGUGACGAACAGCUGGCCUGCCGCUGGCUAAAAUGCCAUCUGCUGUUUGAGAGCCUGCAGGAUCUGGUGGACCAUGUGAAUGACUGGCAUGUGAAACCAGAGAAGAAUUCAGGAUACUGCUGCCACUGGGAGGGCUGUGCGCGCAAGGGAAGAGGCUUUAAUGCCAGGUAUAAGAUGCUGAUUCAUAUCCGUACUCAUACCAACGAGAAACCUCAUCACUGCCCUACCUGCCACAAGAGUUUCUCACGCCUGGAGAACCUGAAAAUACACACCCGAUCACACACAGGAGAGAAGCCGUACAUCUGUCCUUACGAAGGCUGCAACAAGCGCUACUCGAACUCCAGCGACCGCUUCAAACACACGCGCACACACUAUGUGGAUAAACCCUACUGCUGCAAAAUGGUGGGCUGUCUGAAGCGCUACACCGACCCCAGCUCUCUCCGCAAACACAUCAAGGCCCACGGCCACGCCGUAGUGCAGGACCGCACCGCCUCGCCCAGAACCAACAGGCUGGAUUCGGAUGGUGCCUCAUCGAUGGAUGGCCGACGGAUGGAUCGUUCUUACCCAGGAGCGGCUCGUUUCGUCUUACCGGGUGCGGCGACAACCUUAUUUGGGGCUCACGCCUUCGCCGGGGCCCUUAGCAAUCACCCCCUGGAUCUGUCCAGGCUCAGUCCGCUUUUAGGAGCCGGGCCGGUGCUGUACCCCAGCUCUGGUGCUCUUGGGCUUGGGAAGGUACCUAUCCUGCACCCCUUGUUGUUGCCGCCAUUCGGUCUCGGCGUGGGUCAAGCUGAAAGAGCGGUUGAGGAAGAAGAUGAUGUUGAUGAUGAGGAUGAAGGCAGGAUGGGAGCAGGACGGGGCCCUCACUCAUGGGUCGUGAUUCCUCCGGGCAUGCUGUUCUUUAAACAGGUGGCGACCACGUAAAGAGACUCAUGGGCCUUGUUCACACUGCACACCAAUCUGAUUUGGAUUCAAAUCGGAUUACGGUGUCAUUUUGCGAGUGCUGAAAUCACAUCAGUUAUGUUAUGUCCCAAAAAAACUACUUGGAAAAAUGUUUGUUGAGAGUUCAGACUUUGUUUGGAUUUUGAACUGUUCACGAAUUUGGUGUGAAUCCCAGUUUGUCUGUUUUCUGUUCACACUACAAAAACUAAACCGGUUUCACAUAUUCCAAAAAACGCUAAACAAAACCUUAUGGGCCAUUCACACCAGUGACAAUAACUAUAAUGUUUUAAAUGAAUGAAAUGAUGUUGUUGGAAUCACUUUCAGGACGAUCCAUUUUUCCAGCUGAGCUUGAAAAAUGGAUUUAUCUUUCCUGAGCUUGAGUAUUUAAAGCAACUACAGUGUUUACCUACAAUGAACAGAAUGUUAUUCUUCAUUUAUGUGAACGAAGAUAGUUACUGUUAUAGUUAUCUUUAUAGUUAUUGUUCCUGGUGUGAGCCAUUAGUCACUCACUUUAGUACUUGCUAUUCACAAGGAAAGAGGUGCUAGCUUUUAGGGAAAUUACACAAUGUUUAAAUAGUCAAAACAAAGUUCAUUCAAAUUAAUAUUCAUGCACCAUCUGUGUGCAAUAUUAAUCAGUGUGUCAUCAAAAAUGUCAGAACGUAUGUAAUGUGAUGUUGGUAAGAAAUUCCUAGAAGGUGGUCCUUCAUAAUUAUAGUAUGCUGAUUUACCUAAGAGUCUCCUGGAGGCUAUUUAGAGUGACCAAACAGAGAACAGGAUGUGACAUGAAAAGCAUACCGUCAUGGCCAAAAAUAUCGGCACCCUUGGUAAAUAUGAUCAAAGAAGGCUGUGAAA